AUGCGCAUGUCUGAUGCUGAUGGAGAGAUAAUCAUCGAAGAUGUUCCAGUUAAAGACAUUGGCCUCCAAGAAGCCCGACGAGGUGUUUCGGUUCUUGGCCAGAGUCCUGUUCUUUUUAGUGGAUCAUUGAGGAAAAAUCUCGACAUUUUAGACAAGUUUCAAGACGCUGAAUUAUGGGAGGCCUUAGAGCAUGUGUAACUGAAAGAUUCUGACGAGGCCCUUAAGGCCAAGCUGGAUCACGAAUUGCUGGAACAUGGCGCUAAUUUCAGUGUGGGAGAGCGGCAGUUAAUUUUCUUGGCUCGUGUGCUGCUACAGCGAAGUAAAAUUGACGUCUUUGACGAGCCAACUCCGCAUGUAAUCCCAGACACAGAGCAGACGAUUUAG